AUGACCAGCGGAAGUAAUUACGUCACACGCUCGUCGAUUUAAAAAUAAUGUUGAAUCGCACUCAUUUUCAUAAACAUCGUGGUUCCCUGAAAUGUAGAAAUUGCCUGUCCAUUUGACGACAAGGAAAGACAACAGAAAAGCUCUACAGCUAUGGCUGCAACAGUUGAUUUCAGGACCCACGUUGACGCGUCAUGCAGGUAUUCAGAGGAGUUCACCAACAUAUAUUAUGACUGCAUGGACAAGAAAAGGAGGAACUUGAUGCGGCUCUACCUGGACAAAGCAACCCUGGUCUGGAAUGGGAAUGCUGUGUCAGGGCAGGCUGCUCUCGGGGAGUUCUUUGAGUCGCUUCCCUCCAGCGAGUUCAGUAUCCAGACUCUGGACUGUCAGCCAGUGCACGAACAGGCAACCCAGGGCCAGACCACGCUGCUGGUGGUGACGGCAGGACAGGUGAAGUUUGACGGACAAAAGCAGCGCUACUUCAAUCAGAACUUCCUCCUCACAGCCCAGGUGUCGCCCACCAGUGAUCAGCCUGUCUGGAAGAUCGCCAGUGACUGUUUCCGCUUCCAGGACUGGAAUAGCUGAGGCCUACUUUAAUCUGGUUUCAGGGUCCUGUUCAUUAGGGCACACAAUAGCAAACAAAUUGCAACGGGCUACGAAAAACAAGCGUUUUCUUAUUGGACAAGUUUGUCUGUUUGGUGCCUAAUGAGUAGAACCCUGCUUUAAGAUGUUUGGUCUUUUUUUAUGCCAGUAUGUACCAGUCUUAUAAUAGAUGGUAAAUCUGUCAUUUUCUUUGAUGGAAAUGAAGGUACUGUGUGCCUAAAGUCUUUUGUAAUAAAAUAAAUGUAACAAAGUA